AGGAAACAUGUUAAAUAUUGAAAUUCAUUGAACUAUAAUUGAUCUGAGAACAGAAAUACAAAGCUAGCUAAAAAGGCGAUAUAGUUUUGUCAAUAGAUUAUUUUGGCUGUAGAGUAUGAAUUGAAGAGCCCCCACUGCCCCACACCAUCGUUCAUUUGAUAAUAACUACAUACCUACCGUACGUACCAGUGUGUUUAUAGUUAUAGUCUUGAGUUAAGAUCAUACAUAAUCAUAAUUUGUUAGGUCUGAUUUUGUCUUAAUCACGAAGGGGAUUGUAAGUACUCCUACACAUAUUAUUAUUGUCCUUUUGUAGUAGCAAGUACUUCUUCACAAGAAUACACCUUUAUACUCUCUAUAUAUUCACUUCAACUCUCACAACUUUCACAAUAUCUUUUAGUAUCUCUUAUUUUCCCAUCUUUUUUCCUUCUCAUGCCCAAACAAGAAGAAGCUUUCUUCUCCCGACACUCUCUUACCUAUUCAGAACAUCUCAAUCGCCGAUGGAAACAGUUAAGACCUCCAGGUUCAUCACCGAGCUGGCUCCGGCUAAGUUGAUAACUGCGACGAGAGAGCCAUUCAAGAACAUGUUGACCACAAUCUCCGAGGAAGAUUUCGACUUUGAAGAGUUAGUCAGAGCCACCGCAGAGAGACUCUCUUCUUCGUGUCCAGGCUUCUCCUCCUGGUCUCUUGGUCACUACGCCAAGACCAGCACACUCUCUUCUUCUUAGACCACUAAAUUUUGUUUUUUUUUUCCCCAAUAAGACAAAGACCAAAGAAAUCAUACGUUUCUUGGCCUAAUCAUCCAUCAACUUGUUUAAAGAGAAUCUAUUUGUAACCUCUCAGCUGUUUGUUUAAUUAUUCAUUUACUUUUUGGUUUCAUUUUCAGUUGUUACAUCUU